AUGGAGACUCCUCUGGAGGCUGCAGAGCUGAGUUGGGACCUCUCCGAGGUGGUCAUCUCCCAAGAGCCAAACCCAACGGCACAGGACGAGACCCAACCGGGAGAAGAACCAAGCGACGCCCCCCGGGGCCGCCUGUCACCGAGGAGGAGCGGGCGGCUGCAAGGCCACGCGGCAAAGGGGACUGACGGCGGCAGCAAGAGGAGGGAGAACCUGGCUGGGAAGGGAGGAGCCGCCAUGCACAAGGGCUUCUACAGCUGCCCCGAGUGCGGGAAGGUCUUCAGCCGCAAGUCCUUCCUGGUCCCCCACCAGCGCAUCCACAGCGGGGAGAAGCCCUUCACCUGCCACGAGUGCGGGAAGGGUUUCCGCGUGGGCUCGGCCCUCAACAAGCACCAGCGCGUCCACACAGGGGAGAAACCCUACGAGUGCGGGGAGUGCGGGAAGCGCUUCCGCCUCACCUCCACCCUCAGCACCCACCGCAAGACCCACGCCAGGGGCAAAGCCCACGUCUGCUUGAUCUGCGGGAAGUCCUUCAGGCUGAGCGCCUACCUCCUGACCCACCAAGCCACCCAUAGCACGGACAACCCUUUCCGGUGCCUGGCGUGCGGGAAGAGCUUCAGUUUGAGACGUUACUUGGCCAUCCACCAACGGACCCACACCGGGGAGAAGCCCUUCAAGUGCGGGGCGUGCGGGAAGCUCUUCAGCCGCAGGUCCAUCCUCGUCGUCCACCAACGCGUCCACAGCGGGGAGAAGCCCUACAAAUGUCCCGAAUGCGGGAAGGGCUUCAUGAUGAGCUCGGAUCUCCUCGCCCACCGCAGGAUCCACAGCGGGGAGAAGCCUUACAAGUGCUCAGAAUGUGAGAAAAGCUUCCGCUUGAAAUUGCACCUGAGGAGGCACCAGCGGAUCCACAGCGGGGAGAGGCCCUACGUGUGCGCGGAUUGCGGGCAGAGCUACACCGACAGCUCGGGGCUCAUCAAACACAAGAAGAUGCACGUGGAGAAGGAGCAGAGGGCGUCCCAAGGUGGCCGCCAAGGAGAAGGCCGCUAUCAAUGUCCCUACUGCAGCAAGAGCUUCCACACCAAGGCAACCCUGGUCCUUCACCGCACGACCCACGGCGGGGAGCGGCCCUACGGGUGCUCCAAGUGCGGGAAGACCUUCGCCAACAGCGGCACCCUAUGGAAACACCAACGCGUUCACACCGGGGAGAGGCCCUUCGGGUGUCCCCACUGCCACAAGCGCUUCAACGACAGCUCCACCCUGCGGAAGCACCGCCGGAGCCACCCCGAGGAGAAACCCUACACGUGUCCCGCCUGCGGGGAGUGUUUCGGGGCCAUCGCGGCCCUCCUGAAGCACCAGCGGUUCCACGCCGAGGGGAGGCCUCACCAAUGCUCCGACUGCGGGAAGAGUUUCCACUCCAAUUUCCUCCUCCUCACCCACCGGCGGAUCCACACCGGGGAGAAACCCUACGCGUGCCCCAUUUGCCAAAAAUCCUUCCGCCAGGCCUCGCACCGGGCCCAGCACCAGGAGAUCCACGCCAGGACCAGGCCGACCAUCUGCGGGGAAUGUGGCCGCAGCUUCAGCCGCAGCUCCAACCUGGCGGUCCACCAGCGGCUGCACGCGGGCGAGAAGCCCUACAAGUGCUUGGAGUGCGGGAAGAGCUUCAGCCGCAGCUCCCACCUCAUCACCCACCAGCGUCUUCACACCGGGGAGAAGCCCUACAAGUGCCCCGAUUGCGGGAAGAGCUUCAGCGACAGCUCCACCCUCAUCACCCACCAACGUCUCCACACCGGCGAGAAGCCCUACAAGUGCUUGGAGUGCGGGAAGGGCUUCAACCAGAGCUCCAACCUCACAUCCCACCAGCGGACCCACACCGGGGAGAGGCCCUACAAGUGCCCUGAGUGUGGGAAGAGCUUCAGCGUCAGCUCCUACCUCAUCCGCCACCAGAAGAUCCACACUGGAGAGAGGCCCUACAAGUGCGAGGAGUGCGAGAAGAGCUUCAGCCAAAGCUCCAGCCUCAUCAUCCACCAGCGCGUCCACACAGGGGAGAAGCCCUACAGAUGCGUUGAGUGCGGGAAGUGGUUUCGGAACAGCUCGGAUCUCAUCCGCCAUCAACGGACCCACACGGGAGAGAGACCCUACCACUGCCCCGACUGCGGGAAGAGCUUCAACCGCAGCUCCAACCUGGUGACCCACCAGCGCAUCCACACCGGGGAGAAGCCCUACGAGUGUCCCGAGUGCGGGAGGAGCUUCACCGUCAGCUCGGCCUUGAUCAAACACCAGAGGACCCACCGCGAGGGGAAGCCCUACGAGUGUCCCGACUGCGGGAAGAGCUUUAUCCGCUGCUCCAACUUCAUCACCCAUCGGAGGACGCAUGUUGGGUAG